ACUAGAGAAGGUACAGAGUACUUGGUCUUCCUUUAGCACACGGAGCACUUUUUGAAGCGACUGUGAAGCAGGUGAAUUCUCCUGUGAAGGUUUUUGAUGCAACCUUAAAAAGAAAGACAACUUUAGUCACAACCCAGAAGUCCGAAAUGGGCACUGAGGAGAAAGAUUCAGAAGCUGCAGCUCAGCCAGCGUCGAAGGAGCAGGGAUCACCAGAGAAGGAAGAUGAGCCUCCACAAACAUCUGAGACCAGUGACCCACUCAACACAUACAAGUGGCAUACUGGCUCUAAGGGAACCCUCAAUGAGCAGAAAGACGAAGGAGAAGGCGUAGCAGCCUCCUCCACAUCUACAAUGGAUAAAAUUCAGAAGGCCUCCAGCAACAAAUGGAGCAAGAUGCAAAACUGGCGCAAGGCCUUGAGUGAGGACCCUGGAGAAAAGAAUUCAUCCAACGGGAAAAGCAGUGAGGGAGCCAAGGCUGAAAAAGCCUCCGGAGGUACGAGGAAGAACCCCUUCAGAAGGGCCCUGUCUGAGCCUCCUGGGUCUCUGUUUGCUGCCCGGUCCUCUUCCAGCGCUGCCAACUCAGCUCAGCCAGCCUCAUCUUCAUCUGCAGCCACUUCUGCUGCCGCAGAGGCUUCCUCCGGUGACCCCUCACAGAAAGGGGGUGGAGGGGCACUCUUUAAAAAGUACCUACGAACUGUGUCGCAGAAGCUCAAGAAGCCAAGGCUGCAGAGCCGGAGCAGCACGCCAUUACUGCCAGGUUUGGAUGAGAUCGAGCCGACACCAGCUGGACCCUGUGAGCUCCCAAGACUACAAUGGGCUCCGCCUCAGGAGGUCCCCUUAUGGGACAUUGGCAGCUGCACCCUGGAGGAUGGGCAGAUUCUCAUUUCUCCAGAGGAAGAGCCAACGAUGUGGACUCGAAACCGUGUGAGCAGCUGCUUGUCGAACCUCAGCAUGCAGAACCUCGUAGAUAUUGAUGCAGAAUGUAGCCCCGACCACGUGGGCCAGUCUGGUGUAGGUCCUCGACCAAAGGCUCAAGAUGGCGGUGUGAGGGCCAUGAUCAAGCGACGUCUCGAGAAUAAGGGCAAGAAGAAUGGCAACACCCAACCAAGUGCAUCUGGACUCAUCAGAUCCAAGGUCUAUAGUUCUCGGGAGUCUGUGUCAAUUCCAGUCAGUCCAGUGGGGACACUAGAUCUGAGUGCAGACACCAGCACUGUCAUCAGGCCGGUCCACAGCUCCAUUUUGGGGGAGAAGUACUGCUUUGAGGUGAUAAACUCUGAGAACACACACUGCUUCGGAUGCACCUCAGCCGCUGAGCGUGACCGCUGGAUUGAAGAUCUGAGGCGAGCUGCCCAACCCAACAAGGACAACAUCGAGCGCACAGAGAACUCUCUGAGUCUGUGGGUAAAUGAAGCUAAGGAUCUGCCACCCAAAAAAUGUUAUUACUGUGAGGUACACCUGGACGGGACCCUGUUCGCCCGCACCACCAGCAGAGCUGUCGGCAAGCAGCCGAACCGCUCCAGCCUGGCAGGAGAUGGCUCUACUGGGUCUUCGGGAGGCCUGGGGGCCAAUGGAGGUGCAGCUGGAGGGUGUCAACUCUUCUGGGGUGAAUUCUUUGAGCUUGACAACCUACCCUGUAUCUCCCAAAUCAGCCUCCACCUCUUCCGCGAAGAAGACCCCAAGAAAAAGCGUCAUUCUCGAGACGACUCCACCCUACACCCACUGGGCAGUGUGACCAUACCUUUAGCUGACAUUCGAGGGAGGACCUAUCAGGAGAAGUGGUACCCCAUCACUCCGUACAAGGCAUCAGGCUCAGCAGGGAACAAAGAACCUCUGGGGCCACAGGCUUCACUCCGCAUUAAGGCCCGUUUCCAGAACUUGCAAGUUUUGCCGAUGGAGAAAUACAAAGAGUUUGCCGAGUACGUGACUGUGGAUUAUGUAGAAAUGUGCAGAAACUUGGAACCACUUCUGAAUGUGAAGGAGAAGGAGGAGCUGGCAGGAGCGUUGGUCCAUGUGCUCCAGAGCAUUGGCAAAGCCAAGGAAUUCCUCAUUGACUUGGGAAGCGCUGAGGUGGAACGUCUUGGAGAAAAAGAAGCAAUGAUCUUCAGAGAGAACACACUGGCCACUAAAGCCAUAGAUGAAUAUAUGAAGCUAGUUGGUCAGAAGUACCUAAUCGACACACUAGGAGACUUUAUAAACCUUCUUUACUCUUCGACGGAGAACUGUGAAGUUGACCCUCGUAAAUGCCCUGCAGCUGAACUGUCAGGCAACCAGAAGCACUUGAGGGAAACCUGUGAGAAGGUGGUGCAGAGGAUAAUUGAGGUCUAUGGGCCCUUUCCUGAAGAGCUAAACAAGAUCUUCUCCAGCUGGGUGGAGCUGUGCGAAGACCAGGGCAAACCAGAGAUUGGCCAUCGUCUCAUCUCGGCUUCCCUCUUCCUUCGAUUCUUAUGUCCUGCCAUCCUCAGUCCUUCCCUUUUUGGUCUCAUGCAACCUUACCCAGAGCAAAACACCCUGCGUACCCUGACGUUAACGGCCAAAGUCAUCCAGAAUCUGGCCAACUUCACCUUGUUUGGGGAAAAGGAGGAGUACAUGCUCUUUAUGAAUGAAUUCCUGGAGCAGCACUGGGAUGGGAUGAGAGGCUUUCUUCAAACAGUGUCAAAUGCAGACACUGAGAUCACAAUGACUUCCUUCGACGGCUAUGUGGAUUUGCCUCUGCGCUUGGCUGUGCUCCAUGGACUGCUGGUGGACAUCAUCUACCAGAAGGACCAGGAAACAAUUGACAAGCUGCACCCUCUGCCUUCAAUCCUGAACCAAAUAACAGACUCACUGGGCCCCGAUGCCCCUCGGAUCGUUAUUAACAGUCAAACAGGACAAGCCAAGCCACUGUAUAUUCCUCCUAAGGACUUGGGAAAGUACAGCCCUCUCCAGUCAUCUUUCCAGCAGCUUCCUCAGGACUCCAAAAGCCCACGAGACAGCGCGGAUGUCAGGAGUCAAAGGAGGAAACCGAUCGCUAGAACUCAGAGUGCGCCGCACAGACGUCCCGGACAAGUAAAGAUGAAGAGGCAGACGAGCUCCGAGGCUCUGCCAACGUCUGACCACGAACAGGAGGCGGAGCCUAACCAGCCACUUAUCUCACCACCAAAUACUGGUGUUUCUGUGAAGCGCCCACCUGCACCGGUUCCCUGGAUUAAACCAGGGGACCCCAACCCACCAGGCAACCACACCAGGCAGCCAAGUGAGCUGAAGGCUGAGGAUGAGCAGUUGAGCUUACUGGAUAAGCAUGCUCAGGAGCUGUCGGAGCUCCGCCUGGGUAUAGAGCAGGUGACGGAGCGGGAGCUGGACAUGGCAAAGCGCCUCGAGGACUUCAUCAUUCAAAGCCAGGACCAGAAUAUAAUGCUGAUGGCUGAGGUCAAUGAGCUCAGGAAUCAGCUGGCUGUGCGUGAGGAGCAGCUCGCUAGUGCCACCUUCAGGCUGGGUGUGAUUGAAGAGGAAAGGGAGGAAGAUGAGAGGAAGCUGAGUGUUGCCAUUGCAGCAGCCGAGAGAGUGAACGUGCUGGAGGAGCAGUUUGCAGGUCUGCUGAGUGACCUUCAGCAGCUCAGCGAGGCCUACAGCAACAGCCAGAACAACACACAGCAUCCCGAAAAGCCGCUCAACACCAACUGAUGCCUGACACCAACUGACGCUUUGGCUUUCACGUUUUUUUUGCAUACAUACACAGCCUGAAGUCACAAUCAUGGUUUCCUGAAUGGAUCGUUUAUCUUGUAAACAUAUAAAAAUUAACCCCAGUCGAGGGGAAUGUGAAGCCUGUAGGAUUUGUCUGCAUUUCAGCUUUCACUUUAUCUCAGCUUAUAAACCUUUGUCAUAAAUAAUAAAUAAAAAAAUUAAAAAAUGCUGUUUAAAGUGUUUCUGGU